GAGUGCUCGAGAACACAUCCCACAGAACCCGAGCACCUCGUCUCCAUCCCAGAAGAGCAGUAUGUAGGCGAUGGAACUGAGGAACCAGUGCCCUUGCUGCCACACGCCCGCUACAGGGACGCAGAGACAAUCACAGAUGUUUGUAACAGCACAGAACUCCCAGAGGUGGAGAUUAUCAGUCUGUUGGAGGAGCAGUUGCCGAUCUACAGGCUGAGGGCUGACUGUGUGUACGGCUAUGAGCACGAUGACUGGAUCCACACGCCUCUCAUCUCGCCCGACACACGUGUAGAUCUCACCUCUGAGCAGAUUGAGGAGACCCUCAACUACUUUUUACUAUGUGCUGAGCGAGUGGGCCAGAUGACUAAGACCUACAAUGACAUUGAUGCUGUAACAAGACUUCUGGAGGAGAAAGAGAGGGACCUGGAGCUUGCAGCCCAGAUCGGUCAGUCCCUCCUGAAGAAGAACCGAGUUCUCUCCGAACAGAAUGAAUACAUGGAGGAACAAGUUUGCACCAUCAGAGAGGAGGUGGCUCAACUACACCAUGAGUUAAAUCUGAAAGAUGAACUUCUGCAAUUCUAUACGAAUGCAGCAGAGGAGAGUGAAGAGGUGUCUGGAUUGCCCACGGGUCGAAAUAGCAGGGCAGGAGUGUCUGCUCCUGGUGGUUCCUCUCUGGACAUCCUGAAUCAGAAACUUCGAGACCUGGAGGAAGAAAACCUGUCUCUCAGAUCAGAGGCGAGCUAUCUGAAGUCUGAGACGGAGUCAUAUGAGGAGAAAGAACAGCAGCUGGUGAAUGACUGCGUCAGAGAGCUGAGGCAAUCCAGCAUCCAGAUCUCCACCAUAGCAGAGGAGCUGGCCAAAAAGACAGAGGACGCAUCUCGCCAACAGGAAGAAAUCACACAUUUACUAUCACAGAUAGUGGACCUGCAGAAAAAAGCCAAAACUUAUGCUGUUGAGAAUGAAGAACUUUCUCAGCACCUUUUGGCAGCUAAAGAUGCUCAGAGACAGCUCACAGCAGAGCUGCAGGAGCUGGAGGAUAAAUACUCUGAGUGUAUUGAGAUGCUUCAUGAGGCUCAAGAGGAACUCAAGAACUUACGAAACCGCAGUGUGUCCGCAGGAACUCCUCGGCGCUAUCACCAUAUGGGACUUUUUCCCAUGGACUCCCUGGCUGCUGAAAUUGAGGGAACCAUGAGGAAGGAACUUAGUCUUGAAAAUCCUGAAAAUGAAGAGCAGAAGGUCUGUCAUAAACGUGUGUUUGAGACUGUGAAGAACAUCAACCAAUCAGUGAGACAGCGAUCUUCUUCUCAUCCUGCAUCUAACAUUCCCGGGUCCAAUCAGACACACUCCAGCCUUAGCUCCGCCCUCCCUGACAGCAGUAGCAACAAUGCCGCCCCUGACAACCGCACACAGAGCAUGCUCCAGGAGACCUACUCCACGGAUGCUGUUGUGGACACCCGUGAGAAGCGAACCGGCUCUGAGGAGCUCAAACUCGCUCUGCGGCGACUGUCUCUACGGCGGCAGAACUGUCUGAGUGAGCGACUCUUUUUCGAGGGGGAGAGGGAGCGACGUAAUCAGGAGUUAACGGAAGGUGGAGAUUAUUCCAACAGGAUGGUGCACAGCGAUAGCAUCAUGUCACUGGGUGCUUGGACCAGCCGCCCCUAUCUUCCCGACAAGCUCCAGAUUGUCAAACCUCUGGAAGGUUCAGCUACACUUCAGCACUGGCAGCAGUUAGCUCAGCCCAACCUGGGUGGUAUCCUGGAUGCUCGGCCUGGUGUGGUCCCAAAAGGCUUCCGUCCUCUGGAACUGGAUCUGGAGGAAGUUUGUCACUAUGCCGAUUGUGAAGAAGAUGAGCCUGGAGACCAGUACUUCCAGAAUCUUCCUACAACAACUACUCCCAAUCCCAGUGCCCCCACUAGCCAUAGCCAUGCCCCCUCAGUGUCCCCAUCUCCCUGUCUCAGCACAGGCCAUGGUUCCAUAGAGUUCUCAAUGUAUUUUCCUGGCAAAUGCAUGGCUCAUACCAGCUCUACCUACACCUUCACCACCUGCAAAAUCCUCCAUCCUUCUGAUGAACUAACCAGGGUGACACCCAGUCUUAACCCCAUCCAAACCUCAUCCUGUGUGAUGUCAAGCAGUCUUAGAUCGACACCCGCUGCCACACCCUGCACUCCUCGUCGAAUGAGUCUGUCCCAGUCUCAGUCCUUCACCAACCUGAGAGACUCCACCAAAACCUUCAGCACAUCUUUGGGGCUAGUGCGCCUCCUCCAGGAGAGGGGUAUUUCCGCUGCAGUGUACCAGCCUCAGAGCUGGGACAGAGGAAGUGAAGGAGUCCUCUUCUCCACCUCCGUUCUUCCUCCCCCUCCUCUAGACCCCCAUCGACCCUCCACCCCACCCAACUCCCCCACCCGUCACACUCCCAGCCCAGGUGCUGGGGUUUCAGAUUCAGAAACCACCACCCUCUUCUCCUUCAAGAGUCCAUCCUAUGAGAACUUCCUGGCUUCCAAACCGGCACAGUCUAUUUUGAAAGAGGUGGCGGGGGUGUCCGGGUCUCAGGCAAAAGACUGUGAAAGCCAAACUGAUGUGAGUAUGUACAAUCUAAACUUGGUGGAUAAACUCAAAAGGUUGGGUUUAGCAAGUCCAGGGGCUUCUGGGGCUACAGGGGGAGGGAUUCCAAGGACAAGUCCACUUAUAGGUCCUCUAGGUGGGAUUCGGAGGCCAGGUUCACCCUUUAGUCCACUUAACGAAGGCAUGAGGAGGAACCGUAGCUAUCCUGCUAUGGUUGGGGCCAGUAUGGCGAUGAAGGGGCCUGGCCCUCAAGGGGACGAAAUGCUACUGGCUCCUAAACUACCCAAGCAAACAAGUCUCAAAUAAUGGAUUAUGCAUAAUAAUGAGUCACACAAUCACACAUCCCUGCAUUUAAACACUGUAAAAUACUUUAUAUUAUACUAAUAAACAUACAGAUUCCUAGUUAAAACAUUUUAUUAACACUUUAAAAAGUAUACACUUUCACUUAAACACUACUUGUAACACAUAUGCACAUUCAAAUGGAAGUUUAAAAUAUUUUAUUGGUAACAAUUUACAAUAAGGUUGUAAACAUUAACAUUAGUUAAAGGGAUAGUUCACCCUAAAAUGAAAAUUCUCUCAUCAUUUACUCACACUCAUGCCAUCCCAGAUGUGUAUGACUUUAUUUCUUCUACUAAACACAAACAAAUAUUUUUAGAAGAAUAUCUCAGCUAUUUUGUACCAUACAAUGCCAGUGAAUGGUGGCCAGAAAUUUGAAGCUCCAAAAAGCUCAUAAAGUAAUCCACACAACUUCAGUGUUUAAAUCUAAGUCAAUCUAAGACUUCAGAAGUGAUAUUAUAGGUGUGGGUGAGGAACAGAUCAAUAUUCAAGUCCUUUUUACUAUAAAUGUUCACUUUCACAUUCUUCUUCUUUUGUUUUUGGCGAUUCACAGUUUCCGUGCAUAUCGCCACCCACUGGGCAGGGAGGAGAAUUUAUUGUAAGAAAUAAGUAGAAAUAUUUUUCUAACUAUCUUUGUUUGUAUUCAGCAGAAGAAAGAAAGUCAUACUUAUCUGGGAUGGCAUGAAGAUGAGAAAAUGAUGAGAGAAUUUUCAUUUUUGGGUGAACUAUCCCUUUAACUCUAUAGUUAAUGUGAAAUAAAAAUACUUUUACAGCAUUUCUAAAUGUUGGUCAAUGCUUAUUUCUACAUAUAGUAAUACAUUUAUAACUUUUAAAGUUGUACAUUAACAUUAGUUAAUGCACUAUGAAAUAACACCAAAUAAAAAUGAUCAAUAGUGUUAUAAAUUAACAUUAGCCUACAUAAAUAAAUGCUGUAAAUUAUUGCUAAUUCCUGAUUCCUAACCUUAUUGUGAAGUGUUUUCAUCUUAUCCAAACAGAUCUGUCGUCUACACACUAACUGCCCAGUUUUGCCCUGUACAAUCUUGUGUAAAAUAUUCUGGUACUAAUGGUAAUAUCACUACUAUAUUGCUUUGAUUUUAACCUUUGACCUCACUUUGAUAUCACUGCGCACAUGCAGGAAGGAAUAAUCCUUUGGGAGAAAAGCCAAAUUAACUGUCAAUCACAUCUACUGUAUGAUUAAAUCACUGUAAAUUAUGACAAUUUUCAGUGCAGUUAGCAGACUUGAGUUGUAGUUUUCCAUGUCCGUAGUGAGCAUAUGAAAUUUCCCAGACAUAUUAAAGCAUGACGGGUAUUGAUCUGGGAUCAGUGGUGUUUUCUCACUGCUUUGGGGGAUGUGACUCUAGAAACCUUUUCUUUCCUGGUGCCUGCUGGUAUUUGAAGGGUGACAUUCACACAGAAGUGAGAGAUGUAUUGAUGCUGGUGUAGAGAGAAUGUGUAGGAUAAGAUUAAAGAUGCAUCUCACCACACUCUCAACCCUUUUCCUCUGUUUGUCUCUUCCUUUGUCUCUACCUUGGGUCUUUCUUUCUUUUGCAGAUGAGUCUUUAAUAAUGAAUUGAUAAUGGUAGCUUUUGAAUUGAUGAAUGUGUGAAUGAGUUAAAGUUUGGUUAGAUAGGUUUAAAAAAUGGCAAAAUUGAAUGUGCUGCUGUCUUGCUGGUUUUCUGAAAAGCAGCGAGUGCCUGUAUUUAAGUCCUCUGUUAAGCCAAUGUUGUACUGAACGAAUCAUUUAAAAAACUGUGGAGCAAUUUAAAGUAGACUUAGCACUGAGCAAUUGUAUUGAACCAUUUAAUUCAAAUUAUGUGUUCAUUCACAUUUGUUUGUUUCACAUUCUUGAAAUUUGCACUUCGAUGUUCCUAAGUGCAGUUUAAAACUACUGCCUGUUUCAUUAAGUUAGCUACAUUAUAUUCAUUUGAAGUCGUUUGAUAUCUGUAUCUGAGUUUUUUGUUUAGUUUUUUUCUCUCAUGUAAUGUUACAGUAGCAAAAGCAUUAGUGACUACCCAAUAUAUAUAUAUUUUUGUUAUUCUUUUGUUUUCAAAUAAGAAAUAAAAUUGCAAUUUCUCACGUGUCAAUGUUCAGAGCUGUCGCUAGAGGGCACUGUGCACUCAUCCAUUGCUUUUUAUACAGUAACUGAAGAUAGAUAGAUAGAUAGAUAGAUAGAUAGAUAGAUAGAUAGAUAGAUAGAUAGAUAGAUAGAUAGAUAGAUAGAUAGUUAGUAGGGUCAUAUCUGGACCAUUUUGACUGGGGGGCCAGGGUGAGGCUGGGUGUGCUUGUAGGGGGGCAACUGUGUUAUACCUUUAUAUCCCCUGUACACAUAUAAAACAUAAUUAGCUGUUUUUAUAUUUGCAGACAUGCAAUUUUUUAAAGACAAGCAAAGAUUCACAAAAUUUUAGUUAAAUUUUAAAUGUUAAUUUUAAAAUAUAUAAACAAACAGGCUCAUGACAAAUGUUUCAAUUAGUCAAAACUCUCCAAUAUUCUGGUUUUACCAACACAUUUUAAGCCAUGUUGCCAUGCUGUUCUUUAGCGUGACAAAUGCAGUAAAAUUCUUGGGUAAAAUGAAUGAUAGCCUACAUCAAGAUUUUAGGUUAGAGUUUAAGUGGUAGGCUAUAAUCAGCAUGUACAGGUCUUGUAAAUGGUCACAAUUUCCUAUUAGAUUCUUCUAAGAAUUUGGAAGCACAUUUUUUUAAUUGCCUAGUUCAUUUAAAAUGGUGCAGUGUACAAGUGAAUUUUUAAAUGUAUGUAUCUAUCUGAAAUACUAUGAAUUAUAAAACGUUGCAUGCAUAGUAAGUGACCAAUAAUAUGGCUUUAAUGUGUUUUUGUCAUUUUGAAUCAUUUAUUAUGUCUGUCAUUGUCUAUGCGCAUUCCUUAUUGAGCGCGUUUGGUGUGUACCUUUUAUAAGAGUAUGCAGUUGCUAAUAUUAAGCUCAAUCCUCCAUUACUGAGGCCUCUCCCUUGUGAUUGGUGAGCCAUGCGAUACGUAUUUGAUUGAUAAAUGGUGUUCAUAAAGAGGAUGUUGCAUUUGUUAUUUUCCCUAUAAACUAUUUAAUGCUUCUCUUGCAUUUCGUUUGAGAGAGAAUCAACUGGAUCAGCUCUGUAACUUUGUUCUCUCUCUCACGGUUAGUUGUGCAUUUGCUUUUUUAUUGUUGCGCCUGUGCCCAACAGUACCAAUAUUAAUCUGUAUAUGUUAUUAGGUUAUAAGAGCCUUUAUUACUGAAGGCAAGGCAUUUAUUUGGGCUUUAGUGGGGUGGUUUAUAAGGGUUCCAAUUUUAUAUUUCUAAGUGUAUUCAUUAUAAAUUUGCCAUUGCAGGUGCAUCUUCACAUCUGUUCCUGCAUGCUGUUACAUCUGCGUUGCUUCAUUGUUCAUUUUGCCAAACUUGUUGCACUACAUUUGUCUUGUUUCUGCAUUGUACAGUGCAAAACACAAAAUUAAAGACAGUGGAAAAUAUACUUCAU